AUGCUAUCACUUUUGAACGCUUUUGUCCCCACGAAAUAUGCUAUAGAACUUUUGAUAGAGCCUUCAAAGGCCAACUUCAGAGGUCUUUUGAAAGCAGACUUGACACUCAAUAAGAAUCGUGAACAUGAUAGCGACGAGCUAAUCACAUCAUUUUCGCUGCAUGCCGAAGAUAUAGUUGUUUUGUCUGCCAAAAUCGGUAGCCAAAAAUUGGACGUCAGCUACGAUAGAACGGCUGGCACGGUCAAUUUCCAUUGUAGUGACGGAUUGAACAGAUCAAAAAAUGAAGCUGGGGUAUCGCAACAACUGGUUCUCGAAUAUUUGGGAAAACUCCAGUUGAUCAAAACUUUUCAGGACGUGACUCGCGGUGUCUUCAAAACGAACUUUAUGGACGCUGAAACGGGCAAUAGUGACCAUUUUGUGGUGGCCACGCACUCGCAGCCAUCAUUUGCUCGAAGAAUUUUUCCCUGCAUAGACGAAAUCAAUCAUAAAGCGUACAUGCAGCUGGUGAUAAAAACCUUACCUCGUUUUAAGGUCGUUUCCAACACCCAGGUAGAGUCCGAAAUCCAAGAGCAAAUUGAAGGGAGCGCCACGGAUGCAAAUGCCACCGCGUUGAAGACAGUUUCCUUCGAGCAGACCCCUUUGAUGGCCCCCUCUUUGUUCGGAUUUGUGCUGGGCGACUUGCAAUGCAUCGAAUCUCACAUUGCUCUGCCGCAAGGAGAGCUGCCUAUUCGAAUUCUGGCAACCCAGCAAGUAGAGCUGGCUGCUUUUGCACUCGAUACCGUGUGUAAAUAUUUGCCUGUUUUGCAAGAAUUCUUCAAGUGCGAGUACCCUUUGUCAAAACUGGAUUUCGCACUUUUGCCAUUUCUUAGCGAUAUGGCAAUGGAAAAUUUUGGACUAAUUACAAUCCGUCAAGACCAUCUCUUACUGGACCCCACAAUGUUGGCGGAUGACACCGUGCAGACCCAGGUCCAACAAUUGAUCGUACAUGAAUUAGUGCAUCAAUGGAUGGGCAACUAUAUCUCGUUCGAUUCUUGGGAGCAUCUUUGGUUCAACGAGGCAUUCGCUACUUGGUGUUCAUGCGAGAUUAUAAGCAAUAUUUCCCAUCAAGACCACUGGUCGUCUCAGGAAUACUUACAACAGCUCAACAACGACCUCCUGCGUGACGCUUCUUCCGAUAGCCAAAGCAUAGCUUCAACAUCCACAAAAGGAAGCAUCACUCAAACAUCUGAUGCUGUUGAUCCGCACAACUACACCAAGGGCAUAUCGAUAUUGAGAUCUUUGCAGUGUUCCAUAGGCAAAGACAACUUCAAGUCUGCCCUGCAAUCAUUGAGCUGCGAUAAAUCGUACCACGAACGCAGCAUUAAACCGUCAGAAAUCUGGACGUAUUUUGGACAACACCUGAGGUCUAUGAACAUAUCCAACUUCAUGUUUUCAUGGACGCACUCACCGGGAUUUCCAGUCUUGCACGUUGAAUCUCAAAAUGGCAACACGCUCUUAAAACAGGGCCGCUUUUUGACUGGCAAUGGCGGUACUACUGAAAAUGUUCCCUUCCACAUUCCACUUUUUGCUCGCCUUUCUGAUGGUUCCGAAGAUAAACAGCACGUACUGAUGACGGACCGGACACUAAAGCUUCCGUAUGAACCCACACUUUUCAAUUCCGACGUGAAGGGCUACUACAGGGUAUCUUAUGAAAGUAAGGAGUGUUACGAUAGACUCUCUAAGGCUCUGGUCGAGGGGCAGCUGUCGGAGCUUGAAUUGUACGGCGUGUUUCGCGAUCUCGAAACUUUCAUUGGUAACGAACAAUACCAAAAGCCAGUGCAUUUAGAUGGCCUCUUUCAGCUUCUUCGUACUAUCGCAUCGGAUGUGGAUUUAAGCACGCAUUCAAAGUACUAUCAUGGAUUAAGUUUGGGACUGACUGUUUUGCAGCAGGUCGAGUUAAGCGAUAUGAGAUUUGGUAGUGGUGCAGAGAGCUCCAAGCUGCUGGAAAACAUUAUAAACCCUUUGUUCAAACAGAUUGAGUGGGCAGACUCUUACCAGAGCGUACAAAUUCCGAGCUACCAAGCUCACGUAAUGUCGCAAGUCUUGAGCGCAGGAAAGAGAUUGACAGAGGUUCAGUCGCUUUGUUGUAAAUAUUUCAAAAUGAUCUUACAUGGGCCAGCGAAUGCUAUUCCGUUCGAAUUGCUGGGAGGCAUCUUGACAGUCAAUUCCUUUAGCACCUCGACUCUUAAGCAAUGGAAAAAGCACUUUGAAUUGGCGAAAUCGAGCCAAGGUAUUGUCCCACAUAUAUCUGGUUGUUCAGCAUCUGACAUAGAGGUCACGGCACUGGAGACACUGGGAUACUGCAAGGAGCCUCAACUGGUACAAAGAAUCUUAAAUUUUGUCUUGACCAACUUUGACUCAACGGGCAGCGAAAGAGCUCUUUUUGGACUAUCAGAUAAUGCCAAAGAGCUUUGUGGUAAAGAGCAAGUAAGGGAUGUGGUGUGGAAUUGGUUUUGUCUCCAUUUCGAUCAAUGGGCCAAAAAAUCGUUGGUGGGUGACGCUGCGACAUGUCAAGACCUAAGAAAUACUCUUCUGGCUAUUUCUGUUGUAGUGUUCCAGAUGUGGCAAGACGUGCCGGAAAAAGUUGACACUUUCACAACUGCCAAACAGAGCCAUUACGGCGGAGAGUUAAGAGUUGCUGAGAUAUGGGCCUCGGUUAAACGAAGCCAAAUUCCUAAAAUGAAUAUCUACAAAGCACUUCUGGGUUUCUAG